AUGGUAGGGCCUUCUGGUGGUGGGAAGUACUGCCUUGGAGAAAGGAAACGCUAUCGCUCCUGUAACACUGACCCAUGUCCGACAGGUUCACGUGACUUUCGUGAGAAACAGUGCGCAGACUUUGAUAACCUACCUUUUCGGGGAAAGUACUACAACUGGAAGCCAUACACUGGAGGUGGUGUUAAACCGUGUGCGUUAAACUGCUUGGCUGAAGGAUACAAUUUUUACACUGAACGUGCUCCCGCAGUUAUUGAUGGAACUCGUUGCCAUGCUGACUCGCUGGACAUCUGUAUCAAUGGAGAGUGCAAGCAUGUAGGCUGCGAUCACAUUUUGGGUUCUGAUGCAAAAGAAGACAGAUGUCGUGUUUGUGGGGGUGACGGAAGCACUUGUGAAGCAACUGAAGGUCUAUUCAACGACUCGCUGCCUCGGGGAGGCUACAUGGAAGUAGUCCAGAUUCCGAGAGGAUCAGUGCAUAUUGAAAUUCGGGAACUGGCAAUGUCAAAAAACUACAUUGCUUUGAAAUCUGAAGGUGAUGAAUAUUACAUAAAUGGUGCAUGGACCAUCGACUGGCCAAGAAAGUUUGAUGUCGCUGGCACAGCUUUCCACUAUAGGAGACCUGCAGAUGAGCCAGAGUCCCUGGAGGCGUUAGGGCCGACCACAGAAAAUCUGGUCGUCAUGGUGCUUCUACAGGAACCAAACCAGGGAAUCCAGUACAAGUUUAACGUCCCAAUAAUUCGUACUGGCAGUGGGGACACAGAAGUGGGAUUUGUAUGGCAUCACUUGCCGUGGUCAGAGUGCUCGGCCACCUGUGCUGGAGGUACACAGAAACAAGAAGUAAUAUGUAAAAGAUUAGAUGACAACUCCAUUGUGCAGAAUAGUUAUUGUGAUCCUGAAAGUAAGCCACCUGAAACUCAGCGAGCUUGCAACACUGAACCGUGCCCGCCAGAAUGGUUUAUUGGAGAUUGGUCAGAAUGCAGUAAAACAUGUGAUGGUGGAAUGCGGAUACGAACUGUAUUGUGUAUCAGGAAAAUAGGACCGUCCGAGGAAGAAACUCUUGAUGACAGUCACUGUCUAACACACAGACCCAUUGAGAAAGAGUCCUGUAACAACCAGUCCUGUCCACCACAGUGGAUUGCGCUGGAUUGGUCAGAGUGUACUCCAAAAUGUGGCCCAGGAUUUAAGCAUCGAAUUGUUUUGUGUAAGAGCAGCGACCUUAGCAAGACCUUCCCACCCUCCCAUUGCUCAGCCGAAAGCAAGCCCCCGGUCCGGAUCCGCUGUAGCCUUGGCCGGUGCCCUCCCCCUCGCUGGGUCACUGGAGAAUGGGGUCUGUGUUCUGCCCAAUGUGGUCUUGGGCAACAGAUGAGGACAGUGCAGUGUCUCUCAUAUACCGGUCAACCAUCCAGUGAGUGUCCUGAAACUCUUCGACCUCCUUCAAUGCAACAGUGUGAAAGUAAAUGUGAUGCGAUGCCCAUCACCAAUGCAGAAGAAUGCAAAGAUGUGAACAAAGUGGCUUACUGCCCACUGGUGCUGAAGUUCAAGUUCUGCAGCAGAGCGUACUUUAGACAGAUGUGCUGUAAGACUUGCCAAGGACACUGACCCACAGCAAGCCUCGUUAAUUCUACCAUGGAAAACGUGCCUGCCCUGAAUUCACACAAAAGAAUGGGAUUGACAUCCCACAAACUCUUUACCCUGUGGAAAACGUAACCACUGGUCAGCCUCAGCUGACAAUAAUUUGCUGUUAUUUUAACUUCUGUGAAGUGGGAUUUUUUAACGAAGUGCUGGACACAGAGAGGAGGAGAUGCCAUUUCUGAGGUUUCAGCUCUGCAACAUGAAAAACAGCUCAGCUGUUUACAGAACAUGCACGAUCGCUUGAACAAAUUGAAUAGUUGGUUCAUCUCCAGGGACCAGGAAGCUAAAUGUAAUAUAGUGGACCUAAAUAAGAGAGAGAGAGAACAUUACAUAUACGUUCAAAAGCUGGUAAAGCAGAAAGAAUGAGAAUUAUCUGAGUUUGCCUGACGUGUCAAUAUAAAGAAUUGGAAAAACUCCGACAAAGAUAUUAUGUUUUCAACACAUUUUAGAAGCAUCGCAAUUAUUUAUCUCACUCAAUGGUGACCUAAAAAGUUUUAUACUAUCAACCGAUAAGUUAUUUAAGAAAACAGUAGGAACCAAACACGGAACGGAUUUCUGUACAUUGUCCUAAAAUUCUAGUAUUGUCCAGUGAAAUUCCUAUAUUUCAAAGAUAUCUGCAAAAAAUUAAUAUCAUCAUUGCAAAUCCCAUUAAGGUAACUAGUCCAUUCCGUCAAUGGAAGCGAACUAAACCAUUUUAUCCAGGAUGGAUAGAGAAGUGCACCAAAAUCAGUCAAGAUUUCUUGUACUAGCUGCAGUUGGAUGUUUGAAUGGUAUCUUGUCAGCAAAAUAAAUUCAACACCUUUCAAUUCACAAUUAUUUUUAAAUAAAAGGGAAUAAGGACAUUCCUGUUGAAGCCAUUCUGAAAUAGGAGAGAGGCGGAAAUCACAUCCUCAGGCACUGCUCUGCCAGUGUAAAUGAUGCUUAGGGCUUGAAUUGUACCACUCAAACUGCCUUUGUUUAUGCCACUAGUGUUGAAGUGGCCUCGACCACACAGGAAUCCAAUUUCUUAUGUCAUGCUUCCUUCAGCAGGUCUGAUCAAGACCACCAUGCUAGACAAAAUGUAAAGAGACAGACUAUCUACUAUGAAAUGAGGCACACCUUUCAGCAGAGCUUGUGAAAAAAAAAGGAAAAAACAGCGCUCCAGAUGCUUCUCAGUUUAGACAUGGGAGACACCUGUUUUAAAAGCAUUUAAAAACAUUGUUUUUGUGCUGCUAAGCAGAUAACUGCAGCCAAAGAAAAUUCGUAAAACAGAAUAUAAAUGAUUUUAGACUAUUUAGGUAGCACUACUCUCACUAGGAAUAUUAAAGCAAAACAUUACUCUUAGAUUUGACAUUGUAUUGUUACCUUAAUUAUAUUUAAAUGUGAAACCACAUAGUAUUCUUACAUUAAAGCUGAAACAGACAUGAUUCCAAAGUCCAGUGCUAGAAGAGCAAAUGACCUAGCAUGAUUAAAGACUCAAUGUUGAGAUAAUAAAAGAGGUACUUGUUCAUAUUACUACAGUACUUGAACACUAGCAGGUUGCAGCAGGUACUUAAAUGAAUGUGCAUUUGUGUUGAACUGUGCCUCUUUUUUNCUAGUGCAAUGAACCUAUCUUAAGUGAGAAUAUUUGUAAAUCAUUGUGUACAAAAUCCAUUACCAUGCAAAACAGGGCACUUUUCAUCAGUUAGGUGAGAUUCUGUAGAUCUUGAAUGAACAGAUGUUUAGUAGAGUACAUUUAUUUUCAUUUCAAAAUAAUUAUUUUAAAGUAAUUUUCAUGAAAAAUGUGAUUUUUAAAAAAAAACAGAUACGAACCUGCUAAAUCAUACUUCCGCCAAUUGAUGCACAUGAGCAAAGAUGAUUUGCUACACAAAACAACCAUACAGGCUGGCAUCUCAUGUCGCACAUUUGGUCUGAAGUCAUAGCUACCAAAACCUUUUUGACAUAAAUGUAGACCAACAAGGUUUUGACAAUCUGUAUAGGAUGUUGUGCUGCACACUUAGUCAUGACUAUGGAAAUCUUAUCUGUCAUCUACUACCUCUCGACAGUAUUUUAAACUGCUUUCUUCCACAAUAAGACUGGCUAUGUCAACUCAGUGUUCAUUUAAAUGCCUAUCAUCAGGCUUAUUUAACAAACUAGUUCCGAACAUUGGGACAACCUUCUGAAAAACUAGUCAGUCUAUCUUGGUGCUGUCAAUGCCUUGGGAAGUCUAAGUUAUCAUAAAGGGAACUGUGUUGCUAUGACAAUCCCAAGAAUGGGGCCCUCAUAUCAGUACUUAACACUCCAGGGCAUGAGUAUGUUUAUCAGUAAAUGUUUCAUUUCAACAUCAAGGAACUUUAUUUAAAGAAUCCUUCUUUACCUCAGAUUAGGUAUUUACAUUGCAAAGACUGUUUCCACAGAUUUUUUUUGUUCUGUGGUGCUGGUGCUAUAUAAGCAGGGAGUUGAAUGUAUAUCUACAAUAUAGAACAGCACUGAGAGUGGAAUUAAAUCAACUCCCUCGAGCAACAUUGGAUUACAUUAUUAAAGGGAACAGAACACGAAAAAGGUGUUUGAAUUACUAGAACAUGAAAAAAAAGCUUCAAUCUGGGACCUAAAUAAGCGGAACUGAAAUGAGACCAGAAUAAAAGAAAACAAACCAGUGUUCAAAUAGCACAGUGCAUUGCUGCUGCUACUUUGUAGCCACUCUGAAUAUCAAAGCUGAAUCCUUUUGUAGUUUUCAAACUGAUAACAGAACUAAUUGUGCAAGCUGUAAAGGAGUUUGACAGCUCUUCCAUGCUGAGAUGAACAGUGCAUUGUAGCAAGUAUAAUGAAGAGCCCAAGGCUUACAAUGCCGUAUUAUCAGCAUCUGGUCACAGACUAAGAAAAGGCUUGUCCACAGAUAUACCCCAAGGUGCAUACUUCAAGGACUGGUACAGUUAAUUAUGGACUCUAUUAAUCACUGAAUGUCACAUAGGUAUCCUUAUCCAGAUUGGAACUAGCAUUGUAUUAUUGUGAUUAGUUGCUUAUAUUUUAUAUUCAGUAUUAAUGUGGUACACUGUUACUAAAUAUUUUUCCUUUUUUGUAAAUUAUAUGCUAAUUUAUUGCCAUGUUUCAAGACACUUGUUCUACAUUUAUUUCACUGUAUAUAAUGAAAGGUAAUACUAAAUGCAGUGAAGUAGUAUUCCUCAUUUGUGACACAGAAUCAGUUCUUUCCUAGGUAAUUUAAAACAAUAAAAAUGCAGCUUCUAAAUGUA